UAUUGUCGCGUUAUAUUACGUUAAAUGAGAUGUUAUAUAUACAUAAUUUUAUUAUUUUUAUUGUAGGAUAUAUAAUAUUCAACAAUGACGACAAUCGAAACUCUGCAAGUAAAUGAAAGAUCAUUUACAAUUGCAUUGAAGGCUUUGAGAAUAGGCCACGAAAUAAAUUGUGGACCUAAUUUAAGCACAAAAAUCUGGAAAUUGAUAAUGGUUGACAAAGAGGGUGUCCAAAUUGGAGUGACAAUGUUCAAUAAUGAAAUAAGCAAAUUUGGAAAAAAGUUUGAAUCCAACAAAACGUAUUUAAUCUCUAAUGGAGAGGUUAGAAACGUUAAUACUAUGUAUCCAAGCAUCCAUAGAGAAAAAGAGAUCAUACUCAAUAGAUACUCUGAUAUAAAGGAAGCAUUCGACGAGAUAGAGUAUAAAAUACCAUAUAAUUUUGUGGAGUUCAACGAUGUGGAACAAAAGCUUGACAAGGAAGAAGAGUUUGGUAAGUGAAAUUAGUUUAAAAUAUUCCUUCAAAUAAAACAUACAUUAAACUCUAAAUAUAUAAUUAUAUAAAUAAAAACAAAAAAAUUGUCACAGAUAUUUCUGGAAUGUUAGUACAAGUACAAAAAA